GGGCCAGGGUCCCGGCCCCUGCAGUCGGCGCGUUCCCUGCCUGGGACCCCCCAUUGCCUGAAGCAUUUCCCCGUUGACCUGCGCACCUCCAUGGACGGCAAAUACAAGGAGAUCGCGGAGGAGCUGUUCUGCCGCUCACUGGCCGAGAGCGAGAUGCGGACGGCGCCCUACGAGUUCCCGGAGGAGAGCCCCAUCGAGCAGCUGGAGGAACGGCGGCAGCGCCUGGAACGCCAGAUCAGCCAGGACGUCAAACUUGAGCCCGACAUUUUGCUCAGAGCCAAACAGGACUUCUUGAAAAUUGACAGUGCUGCGGACUUACAGCUCUUCAAGGAGCAGAGCGAGGACCUGGUGGACCAUGUCCCCAAGGAGCGGGAGGCACUGCUGGAGCGGGAGUUCCAGCGCGUCACCAUCUCCGGGGAGGAGAAGUGCGGGGUGCCCUUCACGGACCUUCUGGAUGCAGCCAAGAGCGUGGUGAAGGCGUUGUUCCUACGGGAGAAGUACAUGGGGUUGUCCCUGCAGAGCUUCUGCAAAACCACUGCCCGGUACCUGCAGGAGCUCUCUGAGAAACCUCUGGAGACCCGCGGCUACGAGGAGGUGCCCGAGACCCCCGUGGCUGCUGAUGCCCCCGUGCACCCCCCGUUUGCGGAGCAGCACCCCUAUGAGACAUGGGACCCCCAGACCAUGCCGGCUGAUCUGGGCUUUGGGCUGAAGAUGGUGGACGGCGUGGUGCACGUCUACACCAAGCAGGACCUCACCGACAAGAGCACGGAGCUGGACCUGCCAUACCCCGACCUGCAGGAAUUCAUCGCCGACAUGAAUUUCCUCAUGGCUUUGAUCAUCAACGGGCCCAUCAAAUCCUUCUGCUACCGCCGGCUGCAGUACCUGAGCUCCAAGUUCCAGAUGCACGUGCUGCUCAACGAGAUGAAGGAGCUGGCGGCCCAGAAGAAGGUGCCUCACCGCGACUUCUACAAUAUCCGCAAGGUGGACACCCACAUCCAUGCCUCGUCCUGCAUGAACCAGAAGCAUCUCCUGCGUUUCAUCAAGCGGGCCAUGAAGAAGCACCUGGAUGAAAUUGUCCACGUGGAGAAGGGCAAGGAGCAGACGCUCAAGGAGGUCUUCGAGACGAUGAACCUCACCGCCUACGACCUGAGCGUGGACACGCUGGAUGUCCACGCGGACCGCAACACCUUCCACCGCUUUGACAAGUUCAACGCCAAGUACAACCCCAUCGGCGAGUCCAUCCUGCGAGAGAUCUUCAUCAAGACGGACAACCGUGUCUCGGGGAAGUACUUUGCCCACAUCAUCAAGGAGGUGAUGUCUGACCUGGAGGAGAGCAAGUACCAAAACGCCGAGCUACGGCUCUCCAUCUAUGGCCGCUCCCGGGACGAGUGGGACAAGCUGGCCCGCUGGGCCGUCAACCACCGCGUCCACUCCAACAACGUCCGCUGGCUCGUGCAGGUGCCCCGGCUCUUUGAUGUCUACCGGACGAAGAAGCAGUUGGCCAACUUCCAGGAGAUGCUGGAGAACAUCUUCCUGCCCCUCUACGAGGCCACCGUCCACCCUGCCCAACACCCGGAGCUGCACCUCUUCCUGGAGCAUGUGGAUGGUUUUGACAGUGUGGAUGAUGAAUCCAAACCAGAGCAUCACAUCUUCAACCUGGACAGCCCCUUGCCAGGCAACUGGGUGGAGGAGGACAACCCACCCUACUCCUACUACCUGUACUACAUGUAUGCCAACAUGACAGUGCUCAACCACCUCCGACGGAAGAGAGGCUUCCACACCUUCGUCCUGCGCCCACACUGUGGUGAGGCUGGCCCCAUCCAUCACCUCGUCUCGGGCUUCAUGGUCUCGGAGAACAUCUCCCAUGGCUUGCUGCUGCGCAAGGCCCCUGUCCUGCAGUACCUCUACUACCUGGCGCAGAUCGGCAUCGCCAUGUCCCCGUUGAGCAACAACAGCCUCUUCCUCAGCUACCACCGCAACCCCCUGCCCGAGUACCUCUCACGGGGGCUCAUGGUCUCCCUCUCCACCGACGACCCCCUCCAGUUCCACUUCACCAAGGAGCCGCUGAUGGAGGAGUACAGCAUCGCCACCCAGGUCUGGAAGCUCAGCUCCUGCGACAUGUGUGAGCUGGCCCGCAACAGCGUCCUGAUGAGUGGCUUCUCCCACAAGGUGAAGAGCUACUGGCUGGGUCCCCACUACCUGAAAGAGGGUCCGGAGGGCAACGACAUCCGUCGUACCAACGUCCCCGACAUCCGUGUGAGCUACCGCUUCGAGACGCUCUGCCAGGAGCUGACCCUCAUCACGCAGGCGGUGCAGACGGAGGAGCUGGAGACCAUCCAGGAGGAGGACGCUCUCACCAUCACCUCCACCCUGGGCACCCACUGACUCCCCACCCCGGGCUCUUGUCCCAUGGCUCCCGCGGGGACCCCUCUUGUCACUCUGCAUCCCUCCAGGGCUUUGCCGCCGUCCCCCUCCUGCUACCUCCCGCCCUGGAAACGGGACGCUCC